AUGCCUCCCAAGGCCGCAUCCCGAGGCCGGAAACGCGCAGCACUCGUCGCGUCAGACGCGUCGCAACCUGAACCGCCAGCGCUGCCACAAGAUGUCAACGAAGAGCUCAGCUUUGAGGGCCAGGUCCAGAGCACCCCCAGACCACGAGGGCGGCCUCCGAAGAACAAGCCAAUCGCGCAAUCGGGCCUCACGCCAGAACCGCAAUCGGCCCCUGCGCCAGAAUCGCAGCCGCGCCGUCGCGGAAGACCACCAGGCGCGAAGAAACAAGAGCCCGACACUGGCACCCAACCCAGCCAAACCGAUGGGCCUGCCGCUGCAACAGUCACUGCCAGCCAAGUGCAUGUGACAGCUGAGCCAUCCGAUGGCCCGCAAGAGACGAUCAACGACGAGACACCGAAGCCUGGCCGGCAGGUUCGCAAGAGGAAACGUGGGCGACCCUCGCUCGCAGAAACCGCUGCCGAGACGCAGCCACAGCAAGAGGAGGAGCCGCCAGAGCCUCAAAAGACGCAGAAGCGCAAACGAGGGCGGCCACCUGCCGAAGAAAAAGAACAAGCACAAGGCGAACCAUCCGAAGAUCGUACACAGCAGCCACCUCCAUCAACGACAGCCGAGGCUUCAGCAAUCGAGGCAGAUCCGCCCGCGAAGAAGCCGAGAGGCCGUCCGCGCCGGAGCGACGUCUCUCUCCCAUUCGAUCCACCACCACCAGAAUCACAAUCACAACCAAAACCAAAACCAAAACUAAAACCAAAGCCAAGAGGCCGGCCCCGAACCUCGAACAUAUCCGCUGCCGAACCCCCGCAAUCUCCCAAACCCAAGAACAAGAGCAAAGCACCACGGCCCUCGACCGAUGUCCCAACCACCGAACCCGUGCCCAAGAAGCGUCGCGUCACCGCAGACUCCAUGACCGACGUCCCUGCUCCACCGAAGCCCUCCAUGUUAUUUCGCCAUAUCGGCACCAAACCAGCCUCGAUUCCGCGCGCCAGGAUCGAAGCAACUUGGAUCCCGCUCCCCGCCCCCUCAAUCGCAAUAGUCACGUCUCUUCUCCAUCUCGCCGAGCGGCCCGUCCUCCAGCGCCUCGCAACAAAUACCAAACGCCGCGACCACGCCGCUUUUGCUCUCCGCACCGUCUCGCACAACCUCGCCCGCAAGCUCGCCCGCCGCUUCCCCUUCCCGCCAGCCGCCUCCGGUGCCCCCGGCCGCACUCGCGCAGUGGGGCGAGCAGCAGCCCGGGACGCCGACCCCCGCGACGAGGAGCUCGACUACGAGCGCUGCAUCGACGCCAUUCGCCGCCUCCGCGAGGAUGCGCGCAAGGCACACCCCCUCGUGCCUGACGAGCGGGGCAAGCCCGCUGUCGUCGAGUCGCGUCCCGCCGACAGGACACUUCACGUGGCUGAUGCGCCGCCGCAGGGUUUGUUCCAGGACAUUGAUAUGCCCGGUCUCGAGGGUAUUGGUGCCCGCCUGGGCAGUCAUAUGGAGAGUCUGCGCGCCAACCUGCAGCCCGUCGAGCAUGUCGUGCCAGAGAUUGCACGGAGCAGAGCGGUGCUGCGAGCUGUGUUGGCCCAGCAUCUUGAGCCGCAGCAGUUCCAGCAGGUUUUGCUUGGAUAG